UCCUGUGAAUCGGAGACGGGAAAACCCAUCCGCCGGCCAUCGUUACUCGCCAACGCUGGCCCGUCCUGUUUGUUACUCUUUCCAGUCGCACUGGGGGAAGUAGGUGGUUCCGUCCGCCGAUUCUCCGGAUCCCCCGAGCUCAGUCAGAAAAGAUGCCGAACCAAAACCGGGAAUGCGGAUAUUCUCUGGACCUGAGCGCCGCUACCGGCGGGGACCGCCCGAAAUGUACUGAGUGUACCCCGUAAAAAUCUCAAUAAUACUCGGUUCUCCAUUUGGAGUGAGCACCGCCGAUUCUCAGAUUCCUGCAGCAUCGUUCAAAAUUUCAUUCUCUUCGUUGAAAUUCGGGAAGAGAUCGGGAACUGCAGCUUACACGUAGUGGGAAACUCCCGCCCUUCCAUGGUGCUACCACCCGAGGUAUCCAAGUUGGCGCGUGGUACUCCGCGCUCGGUGUUCAGACGACUCCUAGAACCGGCUUCGAUGCCCCGCCAAAACCCGCCGGACAAUCACCCCGCCCGGCUAUCACUCAUCUCCAGACACCUCGCCCCGGUCUACCCGAUCAACACGCCUUACGCCGUCGAGCGCCUACCGGACACCAUUGACACCUCCCUGCUGCCCAAAACACAGUCGCGCAGUCUCUCUACCUCGCCCAAGAUGUCGUUCCAACCCGCACACCCGACGCUUCUGAUCCCGGGGCCCAUCGAGUUCGACGAUGCGGUGCUGCAGUCCAUGAGUCACUUCAGUGAGAGCCAUGUUUCCGCUGGCUUCGUCGCAACCUUUGGCGAGACUCUGUCGAUGCUGCGAAAGCUCUUCCAGACCUCGGACCCGGCGUCGCAACCGUUCGUUCUGUCCGGCUCAGGUACGCUCGGCUGGGAUCUUGUGGCCGCCAAUUUGAUAGAGCCCGGUGAGGACGUCCUCGUGCUGGGCACCGGUUACUUCAGCGAUGGCUUCGCCGACUGCCUGCGUGUGUACGGUGCCAAUGUCACGGAGCUCAAAGCGCCCGUGGGCACCAAGCCCCAGCUGCCCGAGAUCGAGAAGGCGCUGUCGGAAAAGAAGUACAAGGCCAUCACCGUCACACAUGUCGAUACCUCGACCGGAGUCCUGAGCGAGCUGCAGCAGCUGUCCGUGCUCGUCCACCGCAUCUCGCCCGACACACUCAUUAUUGUCGACGGCGUGUGCAGUGUUGCGUGCGAGGAGAUUGACUUUGAUGCCUGGGGCCUGGACGGCGUUGUCACAGCUAGCCAGAAGGCCAUUGGCUGCCCUGCCGGCCUCUCCAUAUCCAUGUUCAGCGGCCGGGCCAUGAAGACUGCUCAAAACCGGAAGACGCCGCCAGCGUCGUACUUUGCCUCCAUGAAGAACUGGACACCAAUCAUGCAAAACUACGAGGCCAAGAAGCCCUCUUACUUUGCGACCCCCUCUCCCCAACUCAUCCAUGCCCUACACACCGCGCUCAGCCAAAUCCUGGUCAAGCCCGUGUCGGAGCGGUUCGCCGCGCACAAGGCCGCCUCGGACCGGAUCAAGAAGGCCAUCACCGACCUCGGGCUGAAGCAGGUCGCCGCCAACCGCGACGAGCAGGCCCACGGCAUGACGGCCAUCUACCUCCCUGAGGGCGUCAAGGGGGCCAACCUCCUGCCCAUCCUCGCUAAGAAGGGCGUCGUGUUUGCCGGCGGCAUUCACAAGGAAAUUGCCGCGAAGUACAUCCGGUUUGGACACAUGGGCGUCAGCGUGCUCGAUCCAAAGCGGAAUGACAUCGACCACGCUAUCAAGUCGUUGAAGGAGGCCUUGGCUGAAUGUGGAUAUAAAGGGGCAUAGAGUGUAUGUAUUCAAAAGGGUAGUAGUGGUGUCUAUGUGCCUACUUGUUGCAAAACCCUGUCCAUUAGAACCCUGAGAUAGACAACGCCAAGUCUUGAGUGGGCCGUCAGUCAGUUUCGGUAAUGAGUCUGCAAGACAUAAACACCAUGAACAGAGAUAGAUACAAAAGAAGAGUAAAUCGGAUAUGGAAGAG